AUGCAGAAUGCCGCCAGCAUCAAGAGCUUGAACCUCUCCAACAGUGAGGACAGCCAGGAGUCACCUUCACCAACCAGUAUCAGUACUGCAGCCCACAAGAGGUUACCAACCUGCAAGGGAAGCUUCUUUGGAUCUGAUGCACUGAAGAGUCUAGUCCUGCAAUUCCUGCAGCAAUACUAUUUGAUUUACGAUUCUGGAGACCGUCAGGGUCUCCUCGGUGCCUACCACGAUGAGGCCUGCUUCUCCCUGGCCAUUCCCUUCAACCCCGAGGAGUCAGCCCCAAGCAGCUUGUGCAAGUACUUCAAGGAAAGCAGGAAUAUGAAGAAGCUCAAGGACGCCUCCCUGCGUGUUCAGCCGCUGAAGCACACAAAGCGUGACAUCGUGGGCUCCCUCUGUGUGCUGCCCAAAACUCAGCAUGACCUCAGCUCCUUCUUGGUGGACAUGUGGUUCCAGAUGGUGAGCACCGGCUUCCUCCCUCAGGCAGCCCCAGAAAGCCGUGGGUGAGUAGGAGGUUUAGGUGACUUAGCACCUGGGCCCUUCCCUUUCAGGAGACGAUGCUCUGCUUCUCUGUCAACGGGGUGUUCAAGGAAGGUGC